CCAGUAGAGAUGAAAAAGCGGCAACACUGCACGCGAGUGUACUAAACUGAAACGGUAUUCAUUGUAAAAUUUACUGAAAAAAACAGAUUCGGCAAGGUGGACCUGUCAGAUCUGAGGCAAGCAAAACACAAAAAAUAAACAGAUUUUUGAAUAUUAUUUAUAUAGCUUGUGUACAGUUUCUAAUAAUUUAUUUUCUCAAUAAUAAGACUAGUAGUUCCUUAAUAUACACUAAUAUGGACGUUUGUCGUAUAUGUCUUGUGGAGGAGGCUGACGUAUUUUUAUCACUAUUUUCUAAGUUGGAAAUUAUUCCCAUAGCAGAUAUGGUAAACGAUUUAACUGGUUUAAAAAUCUCAAAAGGAGACGGACUUCCCCGGUUUGUUUGUAAAGAAUGCUCGGAGGAUGUGCUAAAAUCAUUUAAAAUUAGAUUGAAAUGUCUAGAGUCCGAUGCUCAACUUCGUAUAUUACUGGAGAAGAAUCGAAGAAAAUUAGAGGCGGUUGAGUCAUAUUUGAAAAGAGAAGCACAGAAAGUAGCUUGUAGGGAUGCAACCGGAAAUGAUAUAACCAAUGUUCCUUCCGGUGUCAUUAGGGAUGUAGUAGAAAAUGCCGAUUUAAUAAGCUUUUUUGAAUCACAAAAGCCAACCAUAAACACUGUAAUGAAUGAUGACCAAUUAGCUGACGAAGCUGAUAUAUUAAUAGCAGGCUCCACAGAUUUAGAAAUGGAUACAACAAUCAAACAAGAAAUCAAUUCAUCAGCAUACAACGUGGAAAACGAAGUGAACAAUUCCGAUAGCGCAAAAAGUGUCGAUAAGUAUGCAAUGGAAAAAGUCGUCCUCCAUAUAGUAGAAAAAAACUCAAUGCAAACUGAAGACUGUAAUACGUUGCAGCAUUCUACCGAAGAAGAAUAUGGAUAUGCUGAGUACUUGGAUGUAGCCCAGGAUGCUAGCGAAGAAGUGCAGUAUGCCAUUGAAACUGAAUCAGGUGAAGAACAAGUGGUAGAUCAAAAUAUAGAUGAACCCAAAUCAGUAAGUGGCAUCAUAUGUUGUGGAUGCGAAUUACGUUUUGUAACAACAGAUGAUCUGAAACAACACUCAUCAGAAGUACACGAAAAAAUGAAAAUACGAAACAACGUAAAGCCUUUUGAAUGUCAAAUAUGUUUUAAGCGGUUUGUUAGCGACAAACGUUUGCAUUUUCAUCAAACAUAUGCUUAUCGAGAAAGAAAUCAUGUUUGCGAACAAUGUACCGCACGUUUUACAUGUCGUGGAUCGCUACUCAAUCAUAUGAAAACACAUUUUGAUCGUACAUAUACUUGCGAGACAUGCAACAAAUCCUUCUACACUAGCAGCACACUUUUGUCGCACCGACUGUUGCAUACCGACUCAAAACAAUUUGCUUGUACAGAGCCUAACUGUUUGAAAAGUUUUCUACGAAAAUCUGAUCUCCACAUACAUCUUGUUUCACAUUCUGACGAGCGUCCAUUUGUUUGUGAAAUUUGUUCAAGUCGCUUUAAAUCGAAGGCUCAUUUAGUACAUCACGGUAAAGUGCAUACUCGUGAAAAGCCUUAUAAAUGCAACAAAUGUGAAAAAGCAUUCGGUACUUAUUCUGCUCGAAAUGUACAUCAGCUGGCGCAUGAGGGAAUCCACCCGUAUAAGUGUGAAUUCUGUGACAAAAUUUACCAACGUAAUACGAAAUUACAAGUGCAUAUUCGACGUAUUCAUACUGGAGAGCGACCAUUUGCUUGUGACUUAUGUGAAGAUUCGAGAUUUUAUCAAAAUUGGGAACUCACGGCUCACAAAAAAAAGGUGCACUCAGGUGAAGAAAAAAAUCAGUGCAGCACAAUUGGCAAUUCAUAUUCCCCAAAAAAAAAGCUGAAAAGUCAAGUUUGCAUUGAGUUUAAAUAGAUAAUGUUUAGAAUUAUGUUCAAAAACUAAAUAAUAUAUUUUGUGGUAGUAAGACAAAUAGUGUAAGUUGGAUACACCGGCGUGAUUUCACCGACAGUUUUGCUCAGCGACACAUUUAUCCGAUCGUAGCGCACGGGGUGGCGUAGCGGCGGGUAUCGGAACUAACUUGAACAGAAUAUUACCACAGAUAACAGACAUCCAAACUAGAACAAAAAACUCCAGAAAUCGCGUGUAAGAUUUCAAAUUCUUACUCGUUUGGAAUGCUAACGACAUCUUUCUGCAACUUGCGAAUUUAACCACUUUAGUGAUAGCAGCGCUAAAUUACAGCCAAAGCAGCCAGACGUAUUAAAAUUCUCACAGAUUAUGCAGUCCCUGUUUUUGCAACGAUAUAACACUGAUUUUGUAAGGUAUAUGUUUUUUUUUCAAAUCAACGCUAAAACAACCAAAUUUAUCGCAAAUAUAAACUAGGAUUGAAUAAAAAUGUCGAUAAUGACAAGUCACCGGUUGCUCAAAAUUUCUAUAUUAAAAAACCGCAACCCUUCUCAUUGCAAUAAUAUCGAUAAGAGCUGAAAAACUAUCGAUUUUAUCAAAUCAUUGAUUACUAAGUGUUCUUAGCGCCACCAUACUGCGUAUUGCGACAUGCUAAAAAACCGUUGCAUCUUUUUACACAUGAAGCGAAAUUACGUUGGAUGUUUGUUAUCUGUGAUAUUAUUUUAGAAAUUAAUUAAAUAAAUGAUAUUUUCAAUA